GGUUAAAUAUAACAGAAGAAGAAGAAGCUCUUAUAGAACACCCUAGUGAGCCUAAGGGACACGUAAGCAAAACAAAUAAAUUAACCUCCCAAAUAGACAACAUUAGGCUCAAAAGUGAAACCAUUUCCAUGGAAGAUACAACAGAUCAUUACACAAAUUCUCUUACUAAAACUAGCAAUAACAUGGAAAUAGACAAAAAUCAAAUAACAGAUUAUUCUAUAAAAAAGACUGCAUUGCAAUGCAAUAAUAAUAUCAAAAACAAUAUUGAGCCAAUUUUUAUGGAAACUGCACUGAUUUAUGGGAAAACAAAUAGAGAUAUAGAGAAAGAAAAAAGACCAGUAGAUGAAUCUGAGACACCGAAAGAAAUGUUCUCUAUCAAAUGGUUAUCUACCAAACAGAGCAUUAGAGCAAAAAGUACUAAGUGGGAAAAAAAAAAGAAACAAGAAAAACAAGAGAGUGAAUUAGACCAAGCCAAAAAUAUUUGGGGACUAGUAGAUAAAAUGAAGAAGAGAUUUACAGAGCUGGAGUUGCAAAUCGCCCAGCACUUCUAA